CCUGCAGGUCUCUGUCGAGCCACAGACACAGGUCUCUGAUCCACAGGAGGGGGUGUGCUCAAGUUGUGAAGAACAAGGCCGACUUUAAGAGAUACCAAGUGAAAUUUAGAAGACGACGGAGGGUAAAACGGAUUACUACGCCUGGAAACGCUUGGUGAUACAGGAUAAAAAUAAAUACAGCACACCCAAAUACAGGAUGAUAGUUCGUGUAACAAACAGAGCUAUCAUUUGUCAGAUCGCUUUUGCCUGUAUUGAGGGGGAUAUGAUAGUCUGCGCAGCAUAUGCACACGAACUGCCAAACUGCAGUGUGAAGGUUGGCCUGACAAAUGACGCUGCAGCGUCUUGUCCUGGCCUGCUGCUGGCCCGCCGGCUUCUCAUGGACAAGAUCUAUGAAGGCCAAGUGGAGGUGACUGGCGAUGGAUACAAUGUGGAAAGCAUUGAUGGUCGGCCAGGUGCCUUUACCUGCUAUUUGGAUGCAGGCCUUGGCAGAACUACCACUGGCAAUAAAGCUUUUGGCGCCCUGAAGGGAGCUGUGGAUGGAGGCUUGUCUAUCGCUCACAAUACCAAACGAUUCCCUGGUUAUGAUUCUGAAAACAAGGAAGUUAAUGCUGAAGUACACCGGAAGUACAUCAGGGGCUAGAAUGUCGCAGAUUACA